AUGACCGCCACUCCCUCAACGGAAGGUCUCAGCGACUUUACUUCGCGGCUGCUGUUUUUCAGCAACGAAUUUCCCAAUGACGACCUGCGUGAUUUGUUUCGCCGCCUCCACACUCACAGCAAACGCCAGAGAUUUCGCCUCCUCGCCAUUUUCCUGGACGCUUGUGGCGACAUGGUCCACGAAGAAGUCGCAGCGUUGCCCUUGCACCUGAAGAAGCUCGUCCCUCCCUUCAAGUCGGUCUUGUCUCUCGCCGACGACCCCGGUUUCAGACAAGGUCCUGUAGGCGGAGCACUGGAAAGCGCCCUGCUCUGCGUCCUGGAGAUUGGCAUGUUCAUUGGUCACCAUGAAGCCGAUAAUCUGCCUGUCGACCUUCCUAGUGCUAGAACGACGCUCUCUGGCCUCAGUAUUGGGUUAUUUGCCGCUGCUGCCAUCUCCGUCUCGAGAACCUUGGCAGAAGUCGCCAUUAACGGUGUGGAAAGCAUAAGAGUCGCCUUCAGACUGGGCAUCCACGUUGACGGCGUGUCUGGGAGACUCGAAUCGCGCGAUCAAGAUGGAACCUAUGGCAGCUGGGCCUAUGUGCUGACCGGCGUGUCCGUCGCAAAGGUGCAGGAGCAGCUCGACCGCUACAACACAGAAUCGUCCAACCCCACGCCGACAAAAGUCUUCAUCAGUGCGUCGGAUAGGACCUCAGUCAGCGUUACAGGUCCGCCAUCUCGCCUGAAAAACGCAUUCAGGCACUCUGAAGCUCUGCGCUACUCGAAGCACCUCCCGAUGCCUGUAUACAAUGGAUUGUGCCACGCGCCACAUCUCUACACGGCUGAAGACGUCCAGUCCAUCGUCCACGGCUCUGCACCCAAGUGCACUCACUCUCUUAGCAUCCGGCUGCCGCUGCUCUCGCCACAGACGGGCAAACCAUACCUCGCUUGCAACGCAGGCGAGCUUUUUGAAGAAAUCGCCUCUGACAUUUUAAUGGGUGGCAUUUUCCUCGAUAAUCUGAGUGGCGGAAUAUUGGAUUCGAUCUCGGAUUCUGGAUCGGCAGAGUGCGAAACAUCUCUAUUUCGCUCGUCUCUCGUCUCCAGGAGCAUAUUAGCAACCAUUACAGAGGGUCUUGGCCAAGUAACGAUGAAGAAGCACGUUGAUUUUAUCGACUGGUCUUUCGAAAAUAUCGCGCCUAGCGCACCGCGAACUGCUGCCCAGUCUACUCUGGCCAUCGUUGGAAUGUCGUGCAGGCUUCCCGGCGGCGCAAAUGACUGUAAGCUUUUCUGGGACCUCUUAAAAGAAGGAAGAGACACACACACAAAAGUUCCAGCCGACAGGUUUGAUCUACAAGCACAUUUCGAUCCAUCUGGCCAGGUCCCCAAUUCGACGCCCACACCUUGGGGGAACUUCAUUGAUCAACCGGGCAUGUUUGACGCCGCCUUCUUCAACAUGUCCCCAAGAGAGGCAGAGCAAACAGACCCCAUGCAUCGGCUGGCCCUCGUCACCGCCUACGAAGCGCUCGAAAUGUCUGGUUACGCACCCAACAGGACGCCCUCCACGACUCUAGAGCGGAUUGGCACAUACUAUGGCCAAGCAAGCGACGACUGGCGGGAGCUGAAUGCAGCUCAAAACAUCGGGACACACGCGGUGCCAGGAGGGGAGCGAGCCUUUGCCAACGGACGCAUCAACUAUUUCUUCAAGUUCGGCGGUCCAAGCUUCAAUAUCGAUACCGCAUGCUCCAGCGGGUUGGCUGCUGUCAAUGCCGCAUGUUCGGCGCUCUGGGCUGGCGAAGCGGAUACUGUCAUCGCGGGCGGUCUCAGCGUCAUUACAAAUCCCGACAACUACGCCAUACUGGGUAAUGGUCAUUUCCUGUCCAGGACGGGUCAGUGCAAGGUGUGGGACGAGGGGGCCGAUGGGUACUGCCGAGCUGACGGCAUCGGCUCCGUCGUAAUCAAGCGCCUGGAAGACGCAGUUGCGGACAACGACAACAUCCUUGCCACCGUCCUGGCUGGCGCAACAAACCAUUCUGCAUAUGCCGCCUCCAUCACUCAGCCCCACGCUGGGGCACAGAAGAGCAACUACGCUCAGGUCACACAAGCUGCGGGUAUUAACCCUCUCGACGUGGGCUAUGUCGAACUUCACGGCACCGGAACUCAAGUCGGUGACGCGGUCGAGUCCGAGUCGGUUUGCGACUUUUUUGCUCCCCUCUCACCACGUCGCCACGCCGACCAGCCUCUUCACUUGGGAGCUGUGAAAUCCAACAUUGGGCACGGGGAGGCCGCUGCGGGCAUUGCCUCGCUAAUCAAGGUGCUGCUGGUCCUCCAAAACAAUGACAUCCCGCCACAUGUUGGGAUUAAGACGGCCAUCAACCCCAUCAUACCUCUGGAUCUGGGGAAGCGACAGGCUGGACUUGCCAUGGAUCUUCAACCGUGGCCGAGGGAAGCUGGAAAGACUCGGUAUGCUGUUGUGAACAGUUUCGGGGCCCACGGUGGUAAUACCACGCUGAUGCUCGGAGACGCCCCAGAGAGGAAACUCUGCGGCUCGGAUCCCAGAUCAAGCCAUCCGGUAGUAAUCUCUGCCAAAAGCAAAAAUUCUCUCAAAGACAAUCUGACGGCCCUCGUCGAAUAUCUCGACAAGCAUCCAGACACCGAUCUAGGUGACCUGUCGUAUACGACCACUGCUCGGCGAAUCCAUCACAGCUCCAGAGUGGCAGUCUCAGCUUCCAGCAUUCCUCAGUUACGAAAAGCUCUGGUAUCAACCCUGCCUACCAUUGGGGAAAUCCGCCCCGUGUCGGCAACCGCACCUUCAGUCGCAUUCGCCUUCACCGGCCAAGGCUCAUUUUAUCUGGGAAUUGGCGCGGCAUUAUUCAAAUCAUUCCCGUACUAUCGCCAACAGAUUGCCCACCUCGAUCAUUUGGUGCAAUUAUUCGGCUUCCCCUCGGUAAUUCCACUCAUCGAAGGCAUCCCCGGGGAUGAUGGCGUCUCUCCUCUCACAACGCAACUCACCAUCGUCGUCACCCAGAUUGCCCUCGCCGAAUUCUGGUCGUUGCUUGGAGUCAAACCUAGCGCUGUCAUUGGCCACAGUCUGGGCGAAUAUGCGGCUUUGGUCGUGGCUGGUGUAAUAUCGGCAGCCGAUGCCAUCCUCCUCGUGGGAAAACGUGCAGAACUCGCCGUCUCCCAAUGCGAAGAGGGCAGUCACGUCAUGCUUGCGGUACGCGCAAGCGUGGACAAGAUCAAGAGCAUUGCUACGGAUGGAAGAUACCAGGUGUCAUGCAUGAAUGGAACCGAUGACACGGUCUUGGGAGGCUCUCGAGAAGACAUUGAGGAUACGCGAAAGGCUCUGGAGCGCGAAGGCGUCAAGUGCACGCUCCUCGAUGUCCCCUUUGCCUUCCACACCAGUCAGAUGGACAUCAUUUUGAGGCCGUUCGAGCAGCUGGCAAAGCACGUCACUUACAAAACCCCGAGGAUUCCCAUCCUCUCUCCACUGCUCAACACUUGCGUGUUUGAUGGCAAGACCAUCAACGAAAAGUACCUGAGUAAAGCGGCUCGGGAACCGGUCAAUUUCGUCGGUGCUCUCGAAGCUGCCCAGGAAUUCGGCAUCAUUGACGAGAAGACCACGUGGAUAGAGAUUGGGAUUCACCCCGUGUGCGCCUCGCUCAUUCGAGGCUACAUUGCAGACGCACAGGUGACUGCAUCGCUCCGUCGCAAUGAGGACAACUUUGCGACCUUGUCAAACACUCUGGCAUCACUCCACCGUGUUGGUAUUGCUGUCAAUUGGAAUGAGUACCACCGCUCGUACGAAAGAUGCCACACCCUCCUAUCGCUCGAUACUUAUAAGUGGAAUGAGAAGAACCACUGGAUACAAUAUGAAGGCACCUGGACUCUGGAUAAGGCCUAUCCGAACGGCAACCCGAACAAUAAGACGACAGCGCAAAGCGGUUCUGCACUGCGGACUUCCUCCAUGCAGCAGAUCGUAUCAGAGGAAAUCACCGAAAACACAGGCAAGCUUGUCGUCGUCUCAGACAUGAUGCAUCCAGAGUUAUUGAGCACCCUGGACGGCCACCGCAUGAACGGACAUGGCGUGGCGACUUCGUCAAUUUGGGCUGAUAUGGCUCUGACCGUCGGCGAAUACCUGUACAAGCGCAUGGUUCCAGCAGCGACCGGGACGGUGCCAAUGAAUAUUUGCGACAUGCUAGUGGAACACGCUCAAGUCGUGAUGUCGAACCGAGAGGGUGCGCAGCUUCUGCAAGUAGAAGCCGAGAUGGACCUCGAGGACCUGACAACGGCUGUGCGAUGGUACAAUGUGGACGGCAUGGGCAAUCGCUCUCAAGAGCCAUAUGCUACUGCGACAGUCAGAUACGAAGACCCCGACGAAUGGGCAGCCGAGUUCAGCAGGGUGUCGUGGCUCGUGGACAGCCGCGUCGAAGCGCUGACGGCCUUGGUCCCCGGAGGCUCCGCCAGCAGGCUGGGACGCGGCCUGGCGUACACACUGUUCGAAAACGUAGUCUCUUACUCGGACAAGUACCGUGGCAUGCAUUCCGUCGUGAUCCACGAGCUCGAAGCCUACGCGGACGUGAUAUUGGCACCCGAGAGACACGGCACCUGGCACACGCCUCCCCACUGGAUCGACAGCCUCUUCCACGUCGGCGGAUUCGUCAUGAACGGCAGCGAAGCCUCCAACACCAAGGACUAUUUCUACGUCACCAACGGCUGGAGCAGCUGCCGCAUGGCGAAGUCGGCGGUUGCGGGCGGUAGCUACCGGAGCUACGUGCGCAUGGCGCCUGCGAGCGAGGCCAACAUGUUCUCGGGCGACGUCUAUGUUCUGCAGGACGGUGCGGUUGUGGGCAUGAUGGGUGGCAUGAGGUUCCGCCGUGUCAACCGCAUCCUGAUGGAUAGGUUUUUCUCGCCGCCAGAUGUGGCAGCGGCGGGGGGCGUCGCGGCCGAAGCCGCGACGUCCUCGGCACAUGCUCCGACCACUCCUGUCAAGCCCCAAAAAGCGAUGCUGCCCAAACCCAAGCCCAAGCCUGUGGCAUCUCAACGCGCUUCUUCCGCAAAGGCCAAGCGCACCACCGCACAGGCAACGAGGCCCUCUGUGGAGCAAGUUGGAGAAGAAGCAGAGGACGAAGAAGAAGAUAAAGAAGCAGAAGCAGCUCCCGCGGGCAAUGGUGACAGCAACGUCGGCGAAAUGGCAGGAGGCAUCGUCCGCGACGCGCUGAAGCUCAUUGCCAAAGAGACGGGACUCGACCUGUCUGACCUGACCGACGAGGCUCCAUUUGUGGAGCUAGGGAUCGAUUCCCUCACUUCGCUGGUGUUGGCCGAGAAGUUUAAGCAGGAGCUGUCGAUUGAGGUCAAGGGUUCGCUCUUCCUAGAGUGUCUCAAUGUCGGGGAUCUCAAGGGGUGGAUAGAGCAGAAUGCCUGAGGCGGAAAGGGUUCUUUAGCGUCUGCGAACUGACUGUAUUGGUAUUUUUUUCCUUCCUAUAGAUGUGUGGUUUUUCUUUCAUACGAAGCAUGACAUGGAACGGCAAGUAGACCCAGACGCAAUUAUCGUUAUGCAGAGCCUCGGUAUACGUCCAGGUCAAAGUGUACGUUGCACGUCAUCACUUAGAUGCGUGUAUGUGGAUUGAUGCAUUGAUUGCCAAAUACAAC